AUGGAGGAGAAUGGUCUGAAAGGUGCCGAAAAGCUUCCACUCGGAUUCACUUUUUCAUUUCCGGUCAAUCAAGAAGGUCUUGAUGUCGGCAAACUUAUUCACUGGUCGAAAGGUUUCAACGCAACUGGAGUUCAAGGUCAAGACGUUGUGAAGCUUCUCAAAGAAGCGUGUGCGAGACGUGGUGUAAGUUCACCAAAUCAGUCAUCCUCAUUCAUUGAUCUGGAUAUGGACAUCGAUGUGGUUGCGAUCCUUAACGAUACGGUCGGAACACUUUUGGCGUGUGCUUUCAAAGAGAAUUCAUGUCAGAUUGGUGUUAUUCUCGGUACUGGCACGAAUGCGUGUUACAUGGAGAAAUUGAGUAAUUGCCCAAAAUUAAGAAAACUCCAUCUGGAAAAGGACAAUUUCCCAAAAGAGGUACGUUUGGCGAUGGUAUAUCUGAAAUUUUUGAUGGAAUUCAACGAUGAAUUGGACAAA